AUGGUAUUAACAAUUGCUGCGACCGGCAGCCGAGCUAAUCGCAGAGACAAUCCCGUCUACAUCGAAGUGCUCAAUCCGCCACCGACCUACACAAGCGGGGACUGCGUACAAGGCCAGCUAAUCGUGGUGCCCACAUCACAACCUAAACGCAUAAGCAUAAGUCUAAAAGGCUUCUCUGCCGUUGAAGAUGCCCAUGGACGAAGCGUGCACCUUGAGUUCUAUGGACUAUCGCAAUUCCUCUACAUACACGAAAUAGCAGCCGAUGACUUCCACCUCCGCGCCAAUAAUGCGAGAGAUCCAGUCAGAGUCGAGCUGCCUUUCUCCUUCACAUUCGGAAACCAUGCUACGAUACCGCCUCCCGCUGGGGACCAAUGGAACCACCCCCGAUUCCAGCAUUCUCCUGGAUUCCCUCUACCUCCAACACUAAACGGUCCCACGCCCACAAGUCCACGGGUCGUGUACCACCUAGAAGCGUACAUGGAGUCCGAUCUACCCGGCACACCACCAGUGCGUGUCCGACAAGAAAUCACCUACAUGCCACCAGCGCCCCCCUACGACCGCUCCCUCCUGCAACCCGACCUAAACUUCGGCACCAAGCUACCCAAACACUGCAGCGCAGCGAAGCUAAUCCGGACACGCAAACUCCUCCCCAACUACGGCGAAAACUCCAGCAAGCUCGGCCGCUUCAAAGACAAACUCGCCGACAAAGAACUCCUCUUCGGCAUCGAGUCCUUUGCAGAAAUCCCCUACGCCCAAUUCAACGUCCUCGCCACUCCACCCAGCAUCCUAGUCAUCGGAUCUCCCCUCCCAGCCAUCGUAACAGUGCAACACACCAAACGCUCGGAAUCGCUGCCUUCCCUACCUGAUCUCUUCAUCCGGCGUUUAAAAGUGCAGUUAAACGCAAAGAUCAACGUCUUCCUCCCCAACGAAGCCUUCUUCAAACACCCCAGCAGAGUAACCAACCACACCGACCGCCGCACCAUCGUCCUCUGCGACCACAAAUACGAAACAGGUGACGGCGAAUCCCUCUACGACGGCCUCAACCUGCUCGACGUGGCGAACAUCGAACUCGCAAAAGACUGCAACAAUAACACCAUCGCGCCGAGCUUCACUAGCUACGGCCUAAACCUAGAAUACGAACUCCAGAUCGAGAUCACGGGGAGAUGUGCGGAUAGAGAGUGGUCCGGUAUUGCGUGUACGCAGCCUGUGCAGGUGGUUACGGAUUGGCAGGCUGCUCCAACUGAACCUCCUAAUGUAUUCGAAGCUGGGCCGGGGCCGCUGGCGUAUCAUGAAUUGGAUGCUGCGCCGAGGUUGUAUGAGAUGGCUGUUCAUACCGAGGAACCGCCGCCGUAUCACGAUGAGCCGCCGCCGUAUAACAGGAUGCUUGGUAGGACUGAUGUGGGGGGUCCGGUGGGGGCUGUUUGA